AUGCCUCAGCAUCCUAACAAUCAAAUGGUCUCUGGUUCCGAUUUCUAUUCGACAAAACCGGAGUUAUCGGGGCUUAAGAACCGCGGAAUCAUCUCCGGUGUGUACGAAGUCAAGUCUCCAUCUGAUUACGAAACAGCUUGGAGCCCAACGUCUCCUUUGGAUUUCAGAUUGUUCUCGAGUCUGGGGAACCCCUUUGGUGGGUGUUCCUCGAGGUCAAUCCGAAAAGUGCAUCAAAAGAGCUGGGAUUCUGGAAAAGUAGGCUUGAGUAUUGUGGAUUCUCUUGAUGAUCAUCACACCGAUUCCUCAAGGAUUCUUCUGCCAUCGCCGGAUAGCAGAAACUUGAUCUUUGGGUCGUUGAUGAGAAAUGGAAAUUCCAGAUGCCAGAAACCUCAUCAGCCCUUUGCCAGAACUCAUAUGCACAAUGAUGAUAAACCCAUUGUUGGAUUGAUUGAGCUUGGUAGCUCAAUGCUUGUCAAUGCUUGUCAGGUGAUGGAGCAAACCCAAGGAUCACUUAUUGGGCAUACCGAGAGUGACAUUGAGAUCUCAGAGGACUACACUUGUGUUAUUUCGCACGGUUCUAACCCCAAAAUCACCCAUUUUUACGGUGAUCAGGUUCUGGAGUCGCUAGAGCACAAUGGGGUGAAGAAAAGUUGUUGUGGUUACAUGAAAGAGAGCAUUUUUGAAAUUGCUCCUCUUGACUUGACAACGUUUACUGACGUGUUACCUUCCCGUGACUUCUUGAGCUUCUGCUCGUCUUGUAACAAGAAGUUGGGUAUGGGGAAAGAUAUAUACAUGUACAGAGGAUACAAAGCUUUCUGCAGUAGCGAGUGCCGUUCGGAGGUGAUUCGUCUGGACGAGAAUCUGGAGGAGGAGGAAGAAGAAGAAGCCACGUCUGACUCGUCUUCAGACAAGGACCUGUCGGAGAAGAAGAGUAACGGCGUGAUCUUCACGGUGGGGUGA